AUGGCAUCUCGCCUCCAUCAUCUCUGGCGUCCCCUCGCCGCCGCCUCUGCGGUCACAGUCGUCGCUGUCGGAGGCUCCGUCAUCUACUCUCGCGCCUACAAAAACUUGUCCCACGACAAAGCUCUCGUGCCCGUGCGACGAGACGCCGCCGGGAGGAUCGUCCCUCCUUCCUUCCCAGCCAUCAAGAGCCGCAAGGAGCAGCUCGCUGAGCUGACGAGGCGCAACGGUCAAGACGGAGAGGAUGCCGAAUACGACCUCGUCAUCAUUGGCGGCGGGGCCACCGGGACCGGCAUCGCCCUGGACGCAGUCACCCGCGGCCUCAAGGUGGCCCUCGUCGAGCGGGACGACUUCUCGGCCGGAACGAGCUCCAAGAGCACCAAGCUCGUCCACGGCGGCGUGCGAUACCUCGAAAAGGCCGUCUGGAACCUCGACUACCCCCAGCUCGAGCUCGUCAUCGAGGCCCUCCGAGAGAGAAAGGGCUUUCUGAACAUUGCGCCUCACCUGUCCGUCUCGCUGCCCAUCCUGCUUCCCCUGCAGAGCUGGUUCCAGGCCCCGUAUCUUUGGGCUGGCUGCAAGAUGUACGACCUCCUGGCUGGAUCCCAGGGCCUGGAAAGCUCUUACCUGCUCAGCCGAACCAAGGCCAUUGAAUCCUUCCCCCUCCUGCGGCGGGAUAACCUGGUCGGCGCCCUGGUCUACUACGACGGCCAGCACAACGACUCGAGGAUGAACGUCUCCCUCGCCCUGACUGCCUCUCUGUACGGUGCCACCGUCCUGAACCACGUGGACGUGACUGGGCUCGAGAAGGACGCCAGCGGCAGGAUAUGCGGCGUCCAAGUGCGCGACUUGAUGGGCGACGACAAAGGAGCUGCCGGCGUCUUUACGGUUCGCGCCAAGGGAGUCGUCAAUGCCACCGGACCCUUCACCGACGCCAUUGAGCGCAUGGACGACCCCCAGCGCAAGGCAAUCGUCGCUCCUGCCUCUGGGGCUCACGUCAUGCUUUCCGGCAAGCUGUGUCCCAAGGGCAUGGGCAUCUUGGAUGCGGCUACUUCCGACGGCCGAGUCGUCUUCGUUUUGCCUUGGCAGGGGAUGACGGUUGCCGGAACCACCGAUAACGCCUGUGAAGUGGAGAGAGAGCCCGUCGCGCGACAGGACGAUGUGGAUUUCAUCCUGAAGGAGGUCAGCAAGCUUCUGGCUCCCGAGAGCGCUCUUAGCCGCGAUGACAUCCUUGCUACCUGGUCUGGCAUUCGCCCUCUUGUGCGUGACCCCAAGGCAGGCAGCACCGAAUCUCUGGUCCGCUCCCACCUCGUAACCGUCUCUGCCUCUGGUCUCCUCACCUGCGCUGGCGGCAAAUGGACCACCUACCGGCAGAUGGCCCAAGACGCCGUGGACGAAGCCAUCAAGACGUUCGACCUGACUCCUCGAUCCGCCGCCUUUGCCGACAUUAGCGGCUCCCAGCUUCCGGGCUUCAUCGCCAACGGCUCGUGCAAGACGUUGACGACGCCCGUCAUCGGCGCCCACGGCUACUCCACCGCUCUGCCCUCCCAGCUCAAAGAGCUGUACCCCAUCGACGACGACGUCGCCCACCACCUGGCCACCAACUACGGCGAUCGCGCCUGGAGCGUUGUGGCCACGCCGGGCUCCGAAGCCCGCCUGGCGCCUCGGUUCCCCUUUGUCGAGGCCGAGGUCCGCCACGCCGUCCGCGCCGAGGCCGCGUGCACCGCCGCCGACGUCAUCUCCCGCCGAAUGCGACUCGCCUUUUUGGACGUGGACGCCGCUCUGCACGCGCUGCCGCGCGUGAUUGACGUGCUGGCCGAGGAACUCGGCUGGGACAACGCGCGCAAGCAGCAGGAAUGGAGCGCCACCCUCCGCUUCAUGCGCUCCAUGGGCCUGGACGAGGACAAGCUCGGCGUCACGAGGGAGCAGGUGCUGGGCGGCAAAGUCACGGCGCGAGCAAAAGAAAGGGCGCUGCGGCAGGACCAAGUGGGCGACCGCUCUGGGGGUCAAGUUGCGACAGGCGAUGUGCAGGGCGGUGCCGCAUCAAACGGCGCUGCUUGA